CCCCGAUAUCUUUUACCGUGCCAUUACUUGACAAUCACAGAAUUCAAGGCUUGAAGGUCUUCGUUGUCUAUACAAAAUUGUAUGCUCAUCAUUCUGGUAGAGCUUUACCCGGGCCAAUAAUUACUAGAGUAAAAAAUAAGAGCAAGGGUCUGAAGUGGAUCUAUUGCCCACGAUGCUACGGUAUUCCAGGUGAAGGAGAAGACAUGAUAUGGUUAAGCCUCUGGAAGUUGAAGGAGCCGGAGGUUCACUUAGAUGGUAGCGAUGAAGUGGUUGUUUCAGUAAUUAUGCAACCUUGGCUUCAGGUCAAGGAGUUUGGCAUCCAGCUUGUGCAGCACCUGCAAGAAGGGAAUACUAAUAUGAUGACUGUUUCCACAGAUUCUUCUUAUUAUCCAUCUGUCAAGAGUGGAGAUUCUUCUUAUCAGCCAGGAGUAUACUUGCUUUUCCGCAGAAAUAAACGAAUACAAGAUCCCAUUUGGUUUAAUAAGAUCCUUGAGGACUCUGAUGAUGAAGAUACAACGGUCAAAGAAGAAGAGCAACAUUAUGAUCAGACAAUUGCAGUCACGACAGGCAGCAAUGAAUCCGGCGGCCUCCGUGGCUGGAAGGGGAAGGUGCUCAUCUCCGCAGCUUGCUUCUUUCUCACGCUUUCUCUCAUCGCCCGGUCUUCUCUCUCACACAAAAAAAAGCGACAGUCAACAAGCCGUGGAUAA